AUGGGGCUCCUGGACAGGAUGAGAAAGGAAUGGUUCAUGCUGGGGAUCGUCCUGGUCAUCGCCGCCGCCAAACUGGAGCCCUCCGUGGGGGUCAAAGCCGGACCACUGAAGCCCGAGAUUACUGUAACCUACAUCGCUGUUUCAGCUAUAUUUUUUAACAGUGGACUGUCCUUAAAAACUGAGGAGCUGACCAGUGCUUUGAUGCACAUAAAACUGCACCUCUUUGUUCAGAUAUUUACUCUUGCAUUCUUCCCAACAGCGAUAUGGCUUUUUCUUCAACUGUUAUCAAUCACCCCCAUCAAUGAAUGGCUCUUAAAAGGUUUGCAGACAGUAGGUUGCAUGCCUCCUCCUGUGUCUUCUGCAGUGAUUUUAACCAAAGCAGUAGGUGGAAAUGAGGCAGCUGCUAUAUUUAAUUCAGCCUUUGGAAGUUUUUUGGGCAUCAUUAUAACACCUCUGCUACUGCUGCUUUUUCUGGGAUCAUCUUCUUCUGUGCCUUUUUCAUCUAUAUUUUCUCAGCUUUUUAUGACUGUGGUCGUUCCUCUCAUUAUUGGGCAGAUUGUCCGAAGAUACAUAAAGGAUUGGCUCGAGAGGAAGAAACCACCUUUUGGUGCAAUCAGCAGCAGUGUGCUCCUUAUGAUUAUCUAUACAACGUUCUGUGAUACCUUCGCUAAUCCAAAUAUUGACCUGGAUAAAUUCAGCUUGGUUAUAAUAGUGUUCAUAAUAUUUUCAGUUCAGCUAAGCUUUAUGCUGUUAACUUUCAUCUUUUCCACAAGGAAUAAUUCUGGUUUCACACCCGCGGACACGGUGGCUAUCAUCUUCUGUUCUACACACAAAUCUCUCACAUUAGGAAUUCCAAUGCUGAAGAUAGUGUUUGCAGGCCAUGCACAUCUCUCCCUAAUAUCUGUGCCCUUACUCAUCUAUCAUCCAGCUCAGAUUCUUCUGGGCAGCGUGUUAGUACCCACAAUAAAGUCGUGGAUGGUUUCAAGACAGAAGGGAGUGAAGUUGACAAGACCGACUGUAUAACACUGGAAAUGAUCCUUUUACAGUCAAUGUAUAUAUGUACAAUACUGUACACACAAACAAUUCAGAAGACUUGUAUUUGUGAAUGUUGCUUCAAUGCAUAUUUUAUUUUUUAUAAGAAAAAAUCUACCUGUUUAAGUGCCUUAAUAUGCAUUUGGCAAGCACACUGUUUCCAAAACCAACUUUGUUGGAUACUGCCGGCGGUUGUACAGUAUUUUGAAGUUAAUUUUUAUUUUUCUAAUGGAGUGAAGAGACAUAUUAUUCAACAACAAGCAAAAUAUGGUUUCCCUUCACCAUCUCUCUUGCUAUUCUAGCCUCCAAGUAGACACUGUUUCAAAAAGGUCAAAGGGACCAAGAGAAUACCCUUCGGCUGGCUAGUUCUAGGACAAUUAUUUCUAAAGCUUUAUUCAUAAUAAUGUUGUUUUCUCUGAUAUUUUGCCUCAUCCUUUAAAUGUGACAUGCCCCUUUCUGUGUUAUUUCUGUUUUCUCAGCUUGGGACCAUUCAUUGUUUAAAAGCUGAAAAAGCAUAAAUCAUUUGUAUUUAUCAAUAGUCAUCCAGACAUUUUUUAAAAAGAGAUGUUUCUCAAGAAAAAAGUUGUGCAUGGUAAUAUGGUUUUAUCAUAUAAAGUGCAUUGUAAGUUUCUUUACACAAAUGAACUGAUGGUUGGGUUAUGAAGUGUAUUGUCAUUGAGGGGGAAAAGUUUGAUACUGAGAUUUGAACAAAUUAUUCAGCUCAUUCUUUUCCUAGUUCCUUCAUUAUUUCUCCUUUUCCAUUUACUAACACAAUACACCCAAAUUUAGAGCAAUCAGGUUCAAACACCAGGUAUCAAAACACCAGGUUACCACAACACUCUGAAUAGCAGUAGCAAAAAUAAAAAGUCCAGCUAACUGCACAUUCAUAAUAGACUUUUUUUUUUUUUUACAGAAAGAGUUGACCCCAUAACACAGUCUUUUAUAUUCUUGUAGUUGAGAGCUUUGAACACAGAUUUUCUCAAGGCAAUUUUUUCUUGGCACAUUUCACAAUUGUUUGUACCUUUGUUUGAAAAUUAACUUUUAUUGUUCUCUUCUGUGUAUGAUGGGGCAGAGAUCAAGGAUGUAUGCAAAUGUUACAUAAAUAUAUUCUGCAUAGCCAGAAGUAAAGAAAAAUAAGUACUUAACUAGAACAUUGCUGCUUAUCCAAAAGACAGCAAAACUGAGUAACCCAGAAUGGGUGUCCAAAUUUUUAUACAUUCAUGGAUUGAUUUGGCUUUCCCUGCAGACUCUGAGGCUCUGACUGCACUGAAAGUGACAAGAGGAAGAAAAUUAUGUUGAAGUAGAUUCAAACACUAACGUGGAAAAUGCUGUUACAGGUGUGCUGACGAAUUAAUGCAACUAUGAAUUUUUUUAAAAAAUUCCUAAACUUCAUGCAUUCCCCAAUUCCUGUCCGUAUGCCUUUUAUCUUUGGUUUAAUGUAUGGCCGUGCCAUUUUGAUUCUGAAUGGGAAUACCCCAUUCAUAAGCAGUAAGUUCCCACAGACAGUUGGUUUACUUCUACAGUGAUUAUUCCUGGAAAAAGAAUCUGAAUUUGUAAGUGCUUAGUCUGCAGAAGAAACUGUUAGUCAUAGUUGAAUUUUUCUAAAAGGCUAUUUCCCUUUCCUGAGCUUCUUUUUCUGUUAAAUGUUUAAUCAGUAUAUGAGCACAUGUACUUAUGUGUGUGAAUUUAGACAUAAAUCAGACCCCUCAAAAAGACUCAUCAGGAGACGGCUAUAAAUCAGUCAAUCUGUAGUAUUGUUGAGCACUUAUUAUGUGCAGAGUACUGUACUGUUUGGGAGAGUACUAUACAACAUGAAGACAUUGUAAACAGAGGUGCCAACUUCAUUUUGAGAUUGGUGGUGAGAAGGGAAUAGGGAUUUUAGAGGGGAUGGUGAGGACUGGGGAGGGGGCAAUAGGCUUCAAAGAACCAUCAGGGAAGAAAGCCACCAUUUGGGGCUUUUUCAACUCUGAUAGGAAGCCCUCUUAGUUGCUCUCAGAGACUUGAGAAGAGGAAAUCUGGAAGUCUUGCAUAGCAGGCUUUGGGGUACUUGCUUCUGUUGCCCCGUGAAGCACCUAAGAUUAGAAGCAGAAUUUUCUCUCCCAAACAGAAACCCUCUGUUAUUUUUUCCCCAGCACAUUAAUAUAAUCUUCUUGUCCAUUUAUUGUGACUUUUCCCCCAGUGCUUUAAAAACCCAGAUGGCAGGGAAACAAGGCAUAUUUGUAGUUUUUAGCAGUUUUGUUCCUCCAAGCUGGUUUCAACUCCAGAGUUAUUGAGGAAUGAAACCCACGUGGGUUUACCCUUAAAAACAAAUCCCAGCCCCCAAACACUAUAGCUUCUCCCAGGCAUUUGAUUCAUGGCUUUUAUUUUUUCCAACUGAUCUACCUCUCCUAUUGAGUCAAACACCUGGCAUUGGUGUGUUCAUGGAUCUAAAUUCAACCUCAGAUGGAAUGACUCAAUUUUAAUUUUGCUUUUAGAAAUUGUCUAUAUUUUGUUUCUAGGACUGGUCUUCAGCCCUAUUUACUAUAAUGUAUAUCUUAGUAAGUGCUUUCAUACAAAUAUUGCAUAUUGUUUGGAAAUGGACAUAAAAACAAAAUUGAAAUACUGUAACUUCUUCCCAAAGAAAUGUAGUAAGUUCCUAAAAUAUUGUUACCUUAAUAGUCCGUUAAAACUUUUUCAUUCAUUCCUUUGUGCCUAAAUUUUUUUUAUGAAAAUGAAGUUUAUUUAAUGAAAUUGCAUUGGGGGAAAAGCAAAUUUUGUCACCUGGACCUGCUUCUCUGUGUUUGCUAGUUUGAUUCUUCUGCCCAGUGAUAAUGUAAAUCUUCUAAUUUUUAGCUUUUUUUUUAAAGGAUAGUGGUGCCAUUAACUUUAAAAUAUCUUCCCCUUUUAAACACACCUCAGUCUAGUUACAUUCUAGUUUGUAUUUAUGCUAAAUACCAAAUGUUGUGUCAUGACGAUGGAUCAAAGAUUCUGAUGUGGUUUAUAAUGAAUUUGGAGAUUUUAUAAAUCUGUAACAAAAGAUGUCUCCUGUGUCACUGGAAACUCUUGACUGUAAAGAUCAGUUAAUAGUCAAAGGGGCUGCUCUCAAGAGUUCUCAGUAUUUUCAUUGAUUUAAAAUAAUUGUUGUUUAUUUUACUCCCAGUUGAUACUGCAUUGUAACACCUUAUGUCCCACAUAACUGGUCCAUAUCAAAUAAAUUCUACCUUUUUCUAAUAACCU